CGAGCGCGCCUCCCGGAAGUAGCCGGUCGGGAGCUGAGCGCUGUACUCCGCGCGGUCCUCGGUAGUGGUGUCGGGGCGUGAGGACCCGGCUGGCGGGGACAGAGUGUGCCUUCUCGGCGCUUGGGCUGCGUCUUCACCUGCGUUGUUCCGACCGAGACCUGGGGACGAUGGCGGGGCUGCAACCUCUGGCGCUGCAGCUGGAACAGUUGUUGAAUCCCCGACCGCGCGAGGCGGAUCCUGAGGCCGACCCGGAGGAGGACACUGCUGCCAGAGUGAUUGACAGGUUUGAUGAAGGGGAAGAAGGGGACGGUGAUUUCCUGGCGGUCGGUAGCAUUAGAAAACUGGCAUCGGCCUCCCUCUUGGACACAGACAAAAGGUAUUCUGGCAAGACCAUCUCUAGGAAAGCUUGGAAGGGAGACCAGUGGGAGCAGACUCUGCCAGGUUCAUCUGACAAGGAAACACCUGAUGAGGAAGAGCCUGGAGAUACAGACUCGGAGGGACUGGGUCUGGAGGGCUCUGAUGAAGACCUGAGUGCCCCUGAGGAACAGGAGUAUGCUGAUGAGGAAGAGGAAGAGGAAGAGGGAAGGAAGAAGAGGAGCAGGAGCCGCUCUGCACACACGCCAGGCUUCCGAGUGCAGAGCAUCAGUGACUUUGAGAGAUUUACUGAGGGAAUGGAUGACCUUGGGAGCGGUGAGGACGAGGAGGAUGAAGAUGAAGAGAGUGGCAUGGAGGAAGGGGAGGAAGGGGAUGAGGAGGAGGACUUGGAGCGUGAGAGUGAGGAAGACAGGGCUGGAGACAGGAACAGUGAAGACGAUGGUGUGGUGAUGACCUUCUCCAGUGUCAAAGUUUCCGAGGAAGUGGAAAAAGGACGAGCUGUGAAGAACCAGAUAGCACUGUGGGAUCAGCUCUUAGAAGGAAGGAUCAAACUGCAGAAAGCUCUGUUGACCACUAAUCAGCUGCCUCAACCAGAUGUUUUCCCUAUUUUCAAGGACAAAGGUGGUCCAGAAUUUGCCAGUGCCCUGAAAAAUAGUCACAAAGCCCUUAAAGCAUUGUUGAGGUCAUUGGUGGAUCUUCAGGAAGAGUUGCUGUGUCAGUACCCAGACACUAGGUACCUGGUAGAUGGGACCAAGCCUGAAGUAGAAAGUGAGGAGAUUUCUAGUGAAGAAGAUGAGGUGGUACAAGAGAAGAAGAAGCAGAAAAGGGCACCACCAAAGAGGAAGCUGGAGAUGGAUGACUACCCCAGCUUCAUGGCAAAGCGCUUUUCCGACUUCACCAUCUACAGGAACCGCACACUUCAGAAGUGGCAUGAUAAAACCAAGCUGGCUUCUGGAAAACUCGGGAAGGGUUUUGGUGCCUUUGAACGCUCGAUCUUGACUCAGAUUGAUCAUAUUCUUAUGGACAAAGAAAGAUUACUCCGAAGGACACAGACGAAGCGCUCUGUCUACCGGGUUCUUGGCAAACCGGAACUUGCAGCUCAGCCUGUCCCAGAGAGUUUGCCAGGAGAACUAGAGGUCCUUCCUGAAGCCUCUGCCAAUGCUCACCUGAAGGACUUGGAUGAAGAAAUCUUUGAUGAUGAUGACUUUUACCACCAGCUCCUACGAGAACUCAUAGAACGAAAGACCAGCUCCUUGGAUCCCAAUGAUCAGGUGGCCAUGGGAAGGCAGUGGCUUGCCAUCCAGAAGUUACGAAGCAAAAUCCACAAGAAAGUGGAUAGGAAAGCUAGCAAAGGAAGGAAACUUCGGUUUCAUGUCCUUAGCAAGCUACUGAGCUUCAUGGCACCUAUUGACAGUACUACAAUGAAUGAUGAUGCUAGAUAUAUUUUAAAAAGAAAAAGAAACUGUUGUCCCAUAAUCUCUGUGCAUCUCCGAGACGUUGUGGAGCAGCAGUAGCAUUUGCCCUUGGUCCCCUUGGGUUUCCGCCAGGCAGGAUGGACGGCUUUUGUUUGGGAUGAGUAGCACUGCCAAGUGGUCAUCGGCAAGGCGUCUUCUACAGCGGACAUUUGGAAUGCCCUGGGCAUGUAAUGGACAGUGGCAGCUCUGUGGAGGCCAUGGAGCCCUGCUCUGCCUGCCCUGAGCUGAGAGACUGUGCUGGCAGUGGCGAGAUUGGCUCGGGGGACUCAGGGGCCUUCCUACAGGGCCCCGGCAGACAGGAGGGCUCCCAGGAGUUCCGUCAGGCUGGCAAGAAGGCUUUGUGCCCCGAGCCCUGGAGGAAACUGCAGCCGGUUAACACAGGAAAUGACAGAUUUAGUGGGGGAAACAUCACAAGGAUGCAGUGCUGCCACAGGGAAAAGCCGUGAGCACUGUUCCUCUCGUGGCCUGGAGGGACCAGGGCCGUGGGUGCGGGGCACAGGAGAGCAGAGUUGGGUGUUUUUGUGUCUCCCCUGUGCAGUGGGCUGUCCUGGGUGACACUGCGUGCAUUCUCCCUGCCUGCCUUCUGCAGUGCCUCUCCUGUCUUUUGUCACCCAAUGAAGGUCAGCGCAGCACUAGAAACCAGUUGGUUUGAAUUCAUUAGACCUGUGUGUUGUGUUUUGAGGCUGGAGAGCAUAUAGUCUGGUACAUGUUUACAGGCUUCCACAGCACUAGGUAAGACAGAAGCACGUGUGUAGGGUGGCCUCAGCCGCAUUACCAGUGAUUUGUAAAAGCGUGCCGCGUCAUCUGCGGCUGGGAGCAGGCACGCAUGUGUAUUUGGGCACCAACCACCCCCAAGCUGACUCCUCCCGAGCUUUCCACCUUGAUCCACACUUCGCCAGACGUGCCAGAAUUGGAACCCUUGGUCUGACUUUGUCUUCCUAUCCUUUUGUCAUUUUCCCUUGAUCUUCUGGGUAUGUCUAACGGACUGGGUCAAGGGGUUCCUCCAGCACCCAGGAGAGAGGAAAGAAAGGCAAGGAUGCAUUCUGGGGUGUAUCUUGUAUAUUUGGGAAUACUCUCCCCUGUGGAGCCACAAAUGAAGUUUCAAUCAAGGGCAGAUUAUACAUAUGAUUUUAAUCAGGAAAGUAGCAACAUUGCCUUCACUGACGUGCAGGAGACCAACAUGUAAUGCUUGCUUGGAGACCCUGGUGUAUUCUGGGAGGCUAGACAGGUUUCUCUAGGCACAGUGGGGCAGCUGCUCUCUGCUGUCCCCUGCUUUUGCCCACAGGAGCAAGUGGGAACAGCCAUGGGGGUGUCUUGGCAGCUUGGGGGUUUCCAGGGCGGGAGAGGAGAGUGUGGUCUUUCCGAGAGCAGACAGUGGAAUUCCUCCAGAAUCCCCAACAAUGCAAGCUACUGACCUAGCAAAUUGAAAGCCCCGCACAGACCAUUUGCAGGUUUAUAUGCCCCUUUGUACUGUGCACCCAAAUAACAUGGCGAGAGAUGAUGAUCUGCGAGAAGUGCAUGUGUCCUCGUGUCUGGCCAGGGCUGCAUUUUUAUACACAUGCACCCCCAUUUCAUUACAGACCAUCUUUGCCGUGGAAGUGGUUGCAUCUCACAGCUAGCUAACCUGGGUGUACUUUCGGUCUGUCCAGAGAAUCACAUAAUAACGGAGCUGAAUCCGAACACGCGCACGCGCACACACGGUCUGUCUUUAUGGAAAAUGGCUGCUAAUCCAUGAUGAUUUUUUUCCAGAAACAGUUUUUAUGAUAAUAUAGUAAAAAUAUUAAAUUAGAAAAUGCCUCACUAAGGGUUAUAAAACCUUACUACACCAGAGAUAGGUAAUUAUCCCCUCUACAGCCUAAAUGACAGUUUAAAAGAAAUAAAAAUGUUAGUGCUCAUUACUUGCGUUUGUAGGUUGCAAUAAAGGAUGAGUUAAAUUUUAAUUCAAGGAAGGGCCUCUGCUGGCGACCUUCUGCCUUAGGUCGGGCCCUGUUAAUUACCGCGUGGGUGGUCGUCCUGCACACCGCCCCUGUUAAUGCGUUUUCUACAGUGGACGUUCCCACUGGCCAUUGAGACCAGGAGCGUGCAAGGGGAGAGGAACAUUUCAGAUCAGUGAUUCAGAUCUUGAUUCUUAAUGUGAUAGGGAGCAGGAAUUAUGUAUUUUUAAGCCAAGUUCAUUAUGCAUAGCCGUAAGGGGUCCUCCAGUAUUCACGUCUGCACUCACCCUGGAGAGGCAAUGGAGACCAGAUUGACUCGCAGGACCAUGGUGCGCUUCGCUGUACUGCUCAGUCCCAGUUAGGCAGGGUGCAGUGUGGGGGGGCUGCCACAGCAGAACUGUCUGGUCCUCGUUUUCUACAGUUUGCUUCUCCUGGGCUGCAGUAAGGGAUUUGGGCAUGUUUUGUUGGUUUCAGAUGUUUUCAUCUUUCUCUAAGCCCCAGCUCCACAUCUAGCACCAUUUUUGGGUCUGGGGAGAACUUCAGGGCCCCUGUGCCUCAGCCAUCAUCCUGGGUUUGCCAAGACUUGCCAGGCAGAGAGAACUGCAGGGGAUGGGAUACAGCUGUGCCAGAAUGGUGGGUUCUCCUUACCUGGCCUUCACCGUCCUCCCGCCUGACCAGGAGGCCACCUCAAGCCUGUCUCUAAGCUUGGGCCUCACCCCGGGCUGGGGACACAUCCAGGACACCAAGCACAGGGGCCAUUGGAAAUGUGGGUGCAGGGACUGACCAAGCAAAUGCUGAGGAUGGGUCACAGCAGGUUUGAGACAGCUGUGUGAGUGAAAGAACUCAGUGACCCCGCUGUAGUCGCUCCCACCCCUGGCGGGGAGGGUGCUCCGGUGUUUGUGGAAAAUGCCACAUUCUGAGAAAAGUGUGGGGACUUGAACUUUUUUUUGAAAUACCUUCAUAUUUGUUUGUGACAGAAUUUCUCGAUGCCUACAUCUGUUAACACAAUAAAGGAAUAGAGCUGAUGCUGAAUCCUCUUCCAUUGUAGCAAUAAGUAAUUUUCUUCCUUAGAUCCUUGAACAGCAGAAGGAAAACCCUCGUGGAUAUCGGAUAUCGUUGAGAGAUGUACUUGUAUAGUGAUGGGGGGCAUAAUUAUAUUAAAUUGUCACUAAAAUUGUGAUACAUUGUACUAGAGUGUCAUUGAAUAUAUCAAUUAUAUCCUGAUAACUGUAGUGAUAACUCAACAUAGAAGAAAAAUUUUAAUCACUUCUCCUUUCUGUUUUUUAAAUUUCAAAAAGUUCAAAAAUAUUUCCAUUUAUAUACUUGUAUAACAGGUUGAUCAAUAAAAUAAGUAAAAAUUAUUAUAUUAGAAGUCAAGUGGAUAUACACAUUUAAGAAGAAAAAGGUGUCAGAUUUCCAAGUUAAACAGUUUGUUUGUUAAAUGAAUGAGAUUCCAUUGGGUACUUCACAAAUGGGAUGUCAUAGUUUUGCUUUUAAAAGCUAAUAUUGCAAACAUUCUGGUAGUUGCAUCCUUUGUGACUCUGCUUCCUGUGAAAACCUUCCUGUCACACCUGCAGGGGUGUGAGGGGCACGUGGGGCUUUGCGAAGUUCAUCCAUGGGUUUGCCCGCAGUGACCUCUGCCUGGGCUGGGCCGUGCACCUGCUGAACCCUCCUGCUGCUGCUCCUGGACCCCAGGGAGGUGUGCCUGGGGAAUCCAAGGGAGCAGAAGAGCCAGUGCAGCCUGCAGGAACGCAAGUGACAGAGGCACUCCGCAGGCGGACACGGCCCUGAUGGGGGUAGUGGCUGAGAAGGACAUAAAACUUGAAAUUGCUUGGGGACUUUUAGAUGGGAAUCAUCUCUCUCCCUCCAUAAGACAUUUUAAGAACCCAGACCACUCGGCUUCCCAGGCCGCCUUGCAGCAAGCAGCUGCCUGUGUGCCCGUGUUGCCAGCUUUGCCCACCUGAGUGUGAAAUGAUGCUCUAUCGAAACGCGGGGGCAGCGUCUCCCCCGCUGCUGCCUGCCGAGCCCCGCUGCGCACCGGAACUGCUGCCUGCGCCGGGCGCUCCGCUGACAGUGCACGCCAGUGAAAGCAUUUGCUCGGGGGUAAUGAUGGGGUCUGGGGCUGGCGAGGCGGGGAGGGUGUGAUGGUGAUGGGCUAAAUAGCAUUGUGCUUCUGCUCUGCCCGUGGCGUCUUAAAGCCAUACUGUCCUUUUUGUCACAGCAACUCUCCCCUUAAUGCCAUUUCAUUUUUUUUUUUUUUUAAUAGAAAUGGCUAGAGGGACUUGUGUUUGCUGGCAAGUCGGCAGGCUGUGGUGUGGUGGGAUGAAGGCUGGCCAGGUGCUGCUGCUGGCCUUGCGAGGGCGCGACCUGGAAGCCAGGCAUGCAUUUGGUCUGAAGCUGCCUCCACCUGCCUGCGCCUUGCAGGCUGGGUGGGGCGAGGGGCACAGAUGUGCCACAGAGGAACAAAGGAGAUGGACGGUGCCUGGAGACCCUGCCUGCUUUGUAUGCCCAGCGGCUGCUUAGUGGUUCAGGGUGAAGGGACCAGCCAUUCUUGGGAUAAAAUUCCUGCAGUAAAAUUGGAGAGCCGUUGUUUUCCUGCCAGCACUGUCCCUCCCCAUCUUGUCUUGUUCUGUACUCCCGACUUGGUAAAGACCAUUUACCACUGCAGCUUUUGUGGUUUCUUCUUUAAGGUAUUCACUCCUUCCUUGUCUAAAACUCUGUUACACUAGUCCUGUGGCUGAAUUUCCUGAUUCUAAUACUUUUCUCUUCCUGUCCACAACUUUAGCAGGGUGAUUCACACACAUACACACAUACAGACACACAAAGACUAAUCUGUCUUGGUGAACUAAAAUAGCUAUUUGGAAGGUGAGGGUUUUUUUUUUCCCCCUUAAAGAUUUAUUUGCUCGUUUACUUGAUGGCCAGAGUGAGAGAAAUCUUCCUUCUCUGGUUCACUCCCCAAAUGGUCACCACAGCCAAGAUUGGGCCAACCAAAAGCCGGGGGCCAGGAACUCACUAGGUAGGUUUCCCACAAUGGUUGCAGGAAUCCAGGUAUUUGGGCCAUCUGCCUCUGCCCUCCCAGGAGCAUUAGCAGGGAGCUGGAUCAGAAGUGGAGCAGCCAGGACUCAAACUGGCUCUCAGAUAGGAGAUGCUGGCUGCACAAACGGCAGCUUAAGCUGCCCUGCAGCAGUGCUGCCCCUUGGUUUAUGUUUAAAGUAAGGUUUGCUGGUGAUGACUUUCGGGUAAUGGGCAUUUUAAGAGCCAGUUUUCUUCCCCUCCUUCUUUCUUUCCUUCCUUCCUCCCUUCCUUUUUUGAAGAUUUAUUUAUUUAUUUGAAGGAGUUACAGGGAGGGAAGGACAGAGAGAGAGAUCUUCCAUCUGUUGGUUCAUUCCCCAGACAGCCACAACAUCCAGGACUGCAUCAGGUUGAACACCAGGCUCCAAAAACUCCAUCUGGGUCUUCCACAUGGUGGCAGAGGCCCAAGGACUUGGGUUAUCUUCCUCUGCUUUCCCAGGCACAUUAACAGAGAGCCGGAACCGAAGUGGCGAAGCCGGGACAGGAACCUGUGCCCAUAUGGGAUGUCAGGGUCUCAGGCAGUGGCUUUACCAGCUACACCACAACCCUGGUCCCUGAAAACCAGUUUUCUUAACAAGGAAGGCAGGCUGUAUUUUCAGUUGGGCUGUGAACAUGUCAGAGCAAGCAUGACUUCCUCCUUGGGGGUGUUGACUCCUGGUCCAUGCCCUGUGCUGGGUGCCCACCGUCCUGUGAGGGUGGUGGCUGGCCCUUUGUGCGGAGUGCACACAUGAGCCGCCUGCUUGAGUUGGCCUUGUGCAGCUCCCCACCCGCCCCGCCCCUGUCCCUUGUCAGGAACAUUCUCACCUGUGUAAGAAUGCUCCAUCCACAGGAAAGCCCUCUGGAGUUUGUGUCAUAGCAACAGGAAGGGUCUCCCUGCUUUGAGAUUUCCCAGUCUUGGCCAGGUGGUGUUUUUUGUUUGUUUGUUUGUUUGUAAGAUUUAUUUAUUCAUUUGAAAGGCAGAGUACAGAUGGGAGAUGGGGCGGUGAGAGAGAAAGGUCUUCCAUCUGCUGGUUCACUCUCCAAAUGGCUGCAACAGCCGGAGCUGAGCUGAUCCGAAGCCAGGAGCAAGGCAUUUCUUCCAGGUCUCCCACAUGGGUGUAGGGGCCCAGGGACGUUGGUCAUCUUCCACUGCUCUCCCAGGCCUUUGGGUAGAGAGCUAGAUCAGAAGUGACAGGACUUGAACCGAUGUCUAUAUGGGCACUGCAGGCGGAGACUUAAGCUACUGUGCCACAGCGCUGGCCCCCUUUGGCCAGAUGUUUUGUUUGUGUGCUGCAUUUAAUAACAGGAGCACAGGUUGGAAGUCAUCAUUUAUUUUCAAGAACCCAAGACCCUAGCAUGUAGUGAUUUGUUUUUAUGGCAAAACCCAACUUUGGAAAUAAAUUAGCCAAUCAAAUUGUUUAUUAGGCUGAGAGCAGAGAAAGAGGGACUGGGCAGUGGGGAGGGCCUUGCCUUGCUCCUAAACAGCUGCACACAUGAUGGUAAUUGGAAUCUUGUUGCUGGGUCAUUUUCAUUGUUUUUCUAGUACUGCCAAGUCCAAGAAAAUGUAUGGAAACUAAAUUAUAUCCCCUGCAUCUCGUGUCUGAUUGAAUCCUCCUCGUGGCGUGGCAGUCUCAUGCCUCCUAUUAAAAUAUUCCAUCUUGUCUUCUUACUUGAAGAGCCCUCUGCAAAGGGCGGACGGACAGAAAACUCAUUCCCUAGAGACAGGGUUUCCAGCCACACCGGACUGUUGACAUAGCUCACUAUCUGAUUCCCAUAUAUUUGUGAACAAGAGCUGUGGGAUGCCUUUUUAAUUAUAUGGCUGUGUUUUCAAUUGGAGAAGCAGAUUAGGGUCCUUCACAGCUUCUUGCUUUCCUUGUAACCUUGAAAAGCUAGCCAAAGUGUUAACCAGUUUGUUUGGUUUCUUUUCCAGGACAGAGCUGUAUCGAUCCCUCUUUGGCCAGCUCAACCCUCC